AUGAGCUGCCAUAUAUGCGACUCUGCCCACUCCCGCCUCCCACACCUCUGUCCGACAUGUGCCCGCAAUCGGCUCUAUCCUCUGCGCUUGGAUACCACACGGGCUCUUCUAGAGAAGGAAACCCUAGCGAACCAGAUUGAAACAGCCGUUUCCCAUGGAGCUCCGAAAGAUCAACACCUCGGGCCUGGAGAGCAGUCUUCAAGAUUGAGCCAUCCAAGUACGAGUACGAGUACUUGGUCUCUCCAAACGAUCUCCAGCAAACAAGUCGCCUCGGCUUCAAGGAGGGACGACCUGUCCCGAAAUACCGCAGCCCUGAAAGAGGAUAUUAGGGUUAAAAAAGCUGACCUGGCGGAACGAAAAGCAACUCUGGCUCGGAGACGCGCCGAUGCUGAAUCUGCCCAGUACCAGCUUGUGGAGCGGGAAACGGCUAGUCUGACGGCUGUUCAGAAUGCAACCAAAAGAGCUGAGCAUCUUUGGCAUUCUUUGCAUAGUAAGACGGCGGAGGCAAGGAUCUUUCUUUGUCGAGAAGCUGCCCAUCUCUAUGGCUUACGACAGAAGACGGCGAGGAAGGGCGAUCCUCGUCAACUAUACGUGCUAGGAGGCAUGCCCAUAGUGGAUUUAAGGGACAUGAAUGGCAAGUCCUCCACGAUGGGUACAAGUAUUGUGCGCCCACAGUUUACUGACAUCUUUGAAGGUGCCACGCCCGCUCAAAUAUCGACUUCCUUCUCGAACGUUGCUCAGCUUCUUGUCCUAGUCUCACACUACCUCUCUCUCAGGCUACCAGCUGAAAUAACCCUGCCUCAUCGAGAUUAUCCGACCCCGACCAUAUACCCGCCUGCCUCCUCAUAUGAUUCGCGUGGAAUGACUGGGAAGAAUACCGCGCACUCUUCACUGUCGAGUCAAGCCAGCUCGAGAACGGGAGAUGCACGUACCCAGUCUCGUCCGCGGCCACUUUUCAUUGACAAGUCUCUUCAACGACUGGCAAAAGAAGACCCUGGCACAUAUGCGCUCUUUCUUGAGGGAGCGACAUUGUUGGCCUGGGAUGUGGCUUGGCUAUGCCGAACCCAAGGCAUCAACCUGACAUCCGACUCUUGGGAAGAAGUUUGCGACAUGGGAAAGAGCAUGUACCAGCUACUAGUUGCUCCACCAGCCCAGCCUUCCUCUCUGAUGCGAGCUUUUGCAAGUCGCGAUACACAGACUAAGAUCAAGUCCACCAAGGACUCCCCGCAAACGACGAUACAACGCAGGAAAUCAUUCCCCAUGCUUGGACACUAUUCACACGGCACGGUGCACUCUUUUCUAGCUGGAUCCGAAGGAUCCGAGUAUGUGCGCACCUGGAAGCUACCAACGCCCACGAAGAUCGUGGAUAAAUUAAAGGCCAAUCUACUUGGAGAGAUGACCAGUGCAGAAUGGGAACUGUUAGAAGAAAAUGAAUGGGACGAUGGGCCUACAGAGCCUGAUCAGCCACCUUUCAUACAGAGUUCCAACAUCUCGAGCUCACCUUCAGUCCCCAUCCAACCAAAUGAAGGGGCAAACAAUGAACCAUCCAGCCAGGGCCAGGGCCAGGGCGCAGAUGAAGGCCGUCGCUCGAAAGGCAAUAGCGGCUGGAUGAAGCUCAACAAUAGAUAG